CAAUAUAAGAGAGUGGUCUCCACUCUAUUAGUGUGUUAAAUUCUUUCAAAAAGCACCCCACUGAUCUUCAGCUUUUUCAGUUUCCACUUUCUUCUUCAAACAACUUCUGAAUUCUGAUCACACUUACCAUCAAAAUCCUGAAACCAAGAAAAAUGAAAGGAGUGAAGGGAAGAUUCAUGAAGAAAUUGAAGUUUGCUUCAACCAUCAGUUCCCUCAAACAAUCAGGCCAAGCCUUUCACAAAAGCCCCUUAAUAAAAUUUCCCAAUCAGAAAAAUCCCUCCCUGGAUAUUUACAGAGAAGAAGAUGAAGAAGAAACUCCACUGAAAUUCCAUGAAAUUCCUGACAAAGAAAACUCCAAACCCACCUCGGAAUCCAUCGAAACUGAAUCGAUAUCUCUUUCCGAUUUUGAAGAGAAGUGUCCUCCAGGAGGAGAAGACUCAGUAAUUUUUUACACAACAAGCCUGAGAGGAAUAAGAAAGACAUUUGAAGAUUGCAACACCGUCAGGUUUUUGUUAGAGAGCUUCAGGAUUUCAUUCCAGGAGCGCGACGUCUCGCUCCACAUGGAGUUCCGAGAUGAACUGUGGAGAUUGCUGAGGGGGAGAGCGAUUCCUCCGAAACUUUUCAUUAAGGGGAGGUUUAUCGGAGGAGCUGAUGAAGUUGUGACGCUGCACGAACAGGGAAAGCUGAAGACAAUCCUGGAAGGAAUUGAAGUUUUGAGCCUGAAUAGCGCCGCCUGUAAUGGCUGCGGAAACAUUAGAUUUGUGGUUUGUUUGAAUUGCAAUGGAAGCUGCAAGGUGUUCAAAGAUGGCGAUUCUGAAGAAAUUUUCAUUAGAUGUUCAGAAUGUAAUGAAAAUGGAUUGGUUAAGUGCCCCAUAUGUUGCUGAAAAAUUAAUCAAGCUUAAUGUAAUGUAAUGAAAAUUGUAAAUUAGAUUAUGUUUUUUUAAGAUUAA